AUGUCGAGCGACCAGGACCCCCUCACACCCCCGGCCCCACCCCCACCCACUCCAGUGCCGGCCGUGACGACCUCCCCAGCUCCAGCGUCACCCCGGCCCGCUCCAUUGCGUCCCCCGUCGCCGUCCUCGCGCCCGCGCCAGGCUACACUCCAACCCCGUCUGCCCCGCCGCACCCCUCUUCCCAAGCGCUCUACCAAACCCGUGCGCGAGACCAAGUUUGACCGCUGGGUGCUCGACGACGAGGCGAUUAUCGAAAACUGGCUCGUGGAAGGUGACGACCUCGUCUCGCAGAUCACGGGCGAGCACCUGUCCAUUCCCGCCUUGCUCGCCGAGUACGGGCUGGACUUUACCAAAUGGGGCCCGCAGCGUCCCAAAGCGCCGUGGGACACGCCCUCACCCUCGCCCUCACCCUCGCCUUCGCCAUCGCCCUCGCCAUCGCCCAGCCCCGUCGAGCCCAACAAGCCCAAGCCCAAGCCCACGCCCAAGCCUAAACCCAAGCCCGGGAUGUUGACGGCCGAGUCGCUCGCUCUGCUGCCCGGUACCGCCGCCAAACCCCAUUCCGCACCAUGCACCACCGCCGCGGGCGACGCUACGGAUGUCCAGGUUGAAGACGGCACGCCCAGGACAGGCGCCGAGCUCGAGGCGCAGUACGGAACCAAGUUCCAGCGCUGGCCGUACCUCAAGGGCCUGUGGCCCGACAGGCCGCGCGCAUACCGGAUCACGAGGACGACGUCUGUGAACGGGGUCACGGGAGGAUCGGGUUUGGCGGUGCCAGUGUCCAAGGCCCACAGUGGAUCAGGCUGA